AUGGAAGGUAAAGGCGGCAGCGGAGGCGGUAAAGGCGGCAGCGGAGGCGGUGGUGGAGGCUACUUGAACCUAGGCAGUGGCGGAGGUGGUUCCUCUGCCAAGUCGGGCGGGGGAGGCAGCUAUGGGGGUGGAGGCAAAGGAAUCAUGAAGGCACCGGAUGCUGAUCGUUACAUCGAAAGGGAACCGUUUGAGAAAGACCCUCAGGGAUACUUUCAUGAUCUUCACCAUGGAAGCAAGGGUGGUGCUGAUGGUUACAUCACAAGGGAAGCGUUUGAGAAAAACCCUCAGGUAUACUUUCAUGAUCUUCACCAUGGAAGCAAGGGUGGUGCUGAUGGUUACAUCACAAGGGAAGCGUUUGAGAAAAACCCUCAGGUAUACUUUCAUGAUCUUCACCAUGGAAGCAAGGGUGGUGCUGAUGGUUACAUCACCAGGGAAGCGCUUGAGAAAGACCUUCAGGGAUACUUUCAUGGUCUUCACCAUGGAAGCAAGGGUGGCAAUUGA